AUCGGAACAAGUUGUGGAAUUCAGUGUGGUGUGAUAGGAUUAACCAUCGCAGAAGGAGAGCAUAAGUGGAUUUCUGGAUCGAUUGUUUUUUACGCUCAGCGCAGUUCACCGCCAAGGUGAAGGUGACGACCAUCACAGGAAACACCACUACCAAAAUGACGUCAAACGGGGUCAAAUUCGGUCUUCUCCUGGAGAAGAAUUGGAUCAUCCAGAAGCGGCACUACCUGCAGACGCUAUUCGAGAUUUUCAUUCCGGUACUGUGCUGUUCAAUCUUGCUGCUGGUUCGCGGCCUCGUGGAUCCCGACUACAUCGCCAAUGUCACAACCUUCAGAGCACUGCCGACGGAUACACUGAGUCAACGAAUUUUUAUAAUCAACGGGGUACCCGUGGACUACCGGUUAGCGUACUCUCCGCAGAAUCCAAUCCUUGAUCAGAUCAUGUCCAACGCAGCCGAAUCGUUAAAUAUUUCUUCAAUAGGCUUCCCGAAUGCUCAAUCCAUGGAAUCGACCCUAAUGAGCGAUAAUAUUCUAUCCGGAGUAGAGUUCGAUAACUCCCUAGCGAACAUGACAACCCUCCCGAAAAAGCUCAGCUUUGCGUUGCGAUUCCCCGCUGAGCUGCGGUUCGGCAGUGGAUUGCUCUCAGAUUGGGAAACUCGUCUACUGAUGGUUCCGUUCACUCCACGGCUGCGUUUUCCCAACUCGGAUGACGGUGGAGCUCCCAGUUAUUACAACGAAAACUUCCUCACCAUCCAAACCGCGGUAUCGAAAGCGAUCAUUCGGGAUCAAAGUCCGAGCGUAGAGCUUCCUCCCGUUUUCAUUCAGCGCCACCCUUAUCCACCGUACUACGACGAUCCGAUUCUACAAGCCAUGGAACAGCUGCUGUCGUUGGUCAUCCAGCUUUCGUUCUUCUACACGUGCAUCGUGAUGGUGAAGCACAUUGCCGUCGAGAAGGAAAGACAACUGAAGGAAGCGAUGAAGAUUAUGGGACUGCCCAACUGGUUGCACUGGGCUGCGUGGUUCGUCAAAAACAUCAUACUGCUGGUGAUUGCAAUCUCGCUGAUUACGGUCCUGCUUUGUGUUUCCAUCAACGAAACUGCCAUCCUGGAAUAUUCAGACUGGUCCGCUGUUUGGGUCUUCCUCUUUGUGUACAGCAUUUCCAUCAUCUGCUUCUGUUUCAUGAUGAGUGUCUUCUUCAACAAAGCCAACAUCGCUUCCGGUAUCGCCGGUCUCAUGUGGUUCGUCUUUGUGAUGCCCUACAACGUGACGGUGCAGAACUACGACGGGAUGUCCACCGGGAGUAAGAUCGGGAUAAGCUUGUUCCACAACAGUGCCAUGUCGUUCGGAGUGAUGAGUACCCUGCGAAUGGAGGCCAAUCAGGUGGGAUUGCGCUGGAGUAGUCUAUUUACACCGGCCACGAUCGACGAUGGAUUAAGCGUCGGGGUGGUCAUCGUGAUGCUACUGGUAGAUGCUUUGAUCUAUCUGGGAAUUGCUCUGUACGUGGAACAGGUGAUGCCCGGCCAGUAUGGAGUGGCGAAGCCAUGGAACUUCCUAUUUAAAAAAGAGUUUUGGACCAAGAAGCCUGUUAAGACGGAGGAGCUUCCACGGAGAGGAAUCGAGAGGCAGAAUUCGAGAUACUUUGAAACGGACCCCAGCUCGUCGAAUGCAGGCAUUCAGAUCAAGAAUCUUCGGAAGGUGUUCGGUGGAAACAAAGUUGCCGUCGAAGGUUUGAACGUCAAAAUGUACGAAGAUCAGAUUACGAUUUUGCUUGGACACAAUGGAGCUGGCAAGACUACGACCAUGUCCAUGCUGACGGGAAUGUUUUCUCCAACCUCGGGAACGGCGUAUAUAAAUGGGCAUGACAUCCGAACGGACAUUGAAGGGGUGCGUCAAUCGCUGGGACUGUGCCCGCAGCAUAACGUGCUAUUUGACGAGAUGACGGUGACCGAACAUCUGAAGUUCUUUGCCCGAUUGAAAGGUGUUUCGAAGGAUGCUCUGAGCAGCGAGAUUGACAGGUACCUGAAGAUGUUGGAGCUGCCGGAUAAGCGCAAUGCCCAAUCGCAAACUCUGUCCGGAGGUAUGAAGCGGAAGCUGGCAGUUGGGAUCGCACUUUGCGGUGGAUCCAAGGUAGUAUUGCUGGACGAACCAACUUCCGGAAUGGACCCGUCUGCUCGGAGAGCCCUCUGGGAUUUGCUCCAGAAAGAGAAGAAAGACCGUACGAUGCUACUGUCGACACACUUUAUGGACGAAGCGGAUGUCCUGGGUGAUCGCAUUGCAAUCAUGGCGGAUGGAGUCCUGAAAACGGUUGGAUCUCCGUUCUUCCUGAAGAAGACUUUCGGUGUUGGGUAUCGGCUGAUUUGUGUCAAGGGCACUUCUUACAAUAGGGAUCUGCUGUGUCAGAUUUUGAAGCGCUACAUUCCGGACGUUCGGAUCGAUACCGACAUAGGUUCGGAGUUGUCUUUUGUGUUGAAAGAGGACUACAUCGGAGUGUUCCAGCAGAUGCUGGAGGAAUUGGAGAGCCGGAUGCAUGAGUGCGGGAUCAGUAGCUACGGAAUCUCGUUGACCACGAUGGAGGAGGUUUUCCUGAAGGCCGGAAGCGACACGCUGAUGGAGUCUAAUGACUCGAAUGGAACGGCCAUUGAGACAACUAAUCAGAACUACUCAUUGAACAACAUGAACUUGUUGAUGGGAAACGAAUUGCUGAUGAGUCAAAUCAAGGGUCAGUUUUUGAAGAAGUUCCUAUCUACCAUUCGCUCGUGGGUUACGCUGAUCAUUCAAAAUGCCAUUCCAAUCUUCUUCGUGGUGAUGUCGUUUGUGAUUGUCCGAAGCAUUUCGAAGGAUCAAGAUCUGCCACCGUUGAAGAUUUCACUAGAUCCCUACAAAGAUACAGUGACGGUAUUGGAAGGAGCUACAACAGACAACCGAGUGCAAGCCUACCAGAAUCAAUUUAAGAGCAUUGAUGGUUCCCAUAGGCUUGACAUAAUUCCAGGAAGUAUGUCGGAUUACAUUCUGGAUAAGUCCUUGAAAGCCAUCUCCGAUGUGAAUGUCCGCUACAUGGUAGGAGCAACUCUCAACGAUACCGCCUAUACAGGAUGGUUUAACAACAAAGGCUACCAUACAGCUCCACUGGCGUUGUCUCUGAUCUACAAUGCCAUCGUGAGCUCCGAAUGCCCAACCUGUGAGCUUACAGUAGUCAACAAGCCUCUCCCGUAUACGUUGGAGACCACACUUGCCACCGUGAAUACCGGAGUCAACGCUGGGUUCCAAUUGGCCUUUAACACCGGUUUUGCAAUGGCCUUCGUGGCAGCUCUAUUCAUCUUGUCCUACAUUCGAGAACGAACUUCCCGUUCCAAGCUGCUGCAAUACGUCAGUGGAACCAACAUUGCCCUCUACUGGGCUGUUGCCUUCAUCUGGGACUACCUAAUGUUCAUCAUUACCUGUUUGCUCUAUGUUGCAACGGUAGCAAUAUUCCAGGAAGAGGGUUGGUCCUCCUUUGCCGAGCUUGGGCGGGUGUUUCUUCUACUGAUGCUCUUUGGAGUAGCCUUCCUACCAACCACCUACCUCUCUUCUUUCCUGUUCACCGUCCCUGCCACAGGUUUCGUCGUUGUCAUGCUGAUCAACAUCGCUUCCGGGGCAAUCUUCUUUACAACCGUUACCUUGCUCAAAUUCCCAGGCAUCGAUCUUAACGAAAUUGGUAAUGCCCUCGAAUGGGUCUUCAUGUUCUUCCCGAACUUUGUGCUCACUCACGGACUGAACAACAUUAACCAAAUCUCCACCACCAACAUAUCCUGCAAGAAAAUGUGUGACCUUUUAAAAGGCUGCACGAUGGAAAAUGUCUGUGCAAUCGACGAGAGGUGCUGCGUUCCAGAGUUGUUUUCCUUUGAUGAACUCGGCAUCAAUCGUAAUCUACUGUUCCUGGUUUUCGUUGGAAUCUCGUCCUUCCUGGUCAUCUUAGCACUGGAGUACCGAUUGAUUCACCAACUCGUUGACAUAAUUUACAAACGAAAAUAUCCGUGGACACUUCAAGCGGUUGACGAAGAUUCGGACGUGACAGCGGAGAAGAAGCGUGUGCAGGCAAUGCCACCGACCGAACUGAAUCAGUACAAUCUGGUGAUGAAAGACCUAACGAAGUAUUACAAGAGCUUCCAAGCGGUGAACAACCUCUCGGUGGCGAUUGAUCGCUCGGAGUGCUUCGGAUUGCUUGGAGUCAACGGUGCCGGUAAGACGACCACAUUCAAGAUGAUGACCGGGGACGAGAGUUUCUCCUCCGGAGAGGCUUGGGUAAAAGGGGUGAGUUUGUCCACCAACAUGAGCACAGUUUAUCAGAAGAUUGGCUACUGCCCGCAGUUCGAUGCAUUGCUGGAUGAUCUAACGGGAAGGGAAACGCUGAAGAUCUACGCUCUGUUGCGUGGAGUUCGCCAAGAAGACGUUGGUAAUGUGUCACUGACUUUGGCGGAAGACUUGAGCUUCCUGAAGCAUAUUGACAAGAAGACAAAGGACUUCAGCGGUGGAAACAAGCGGAAGCUGAGUACGGCUCUGGCUCUGAUGGGUAAUCCAUCGGUGGUUUACCUGGACGAGCCAACGACGGGUAUGGAUCCUGGGGCGAAGCGCCAAUUCUGGGACAUGAUCUGCAAGGUUAGGAGUUCGGGCAAAUCGAUUGUGCUGACGUCGCACAGUAUGGAGGAGUGCGAGGCCCUAUGUACCCGACUGGCGAUCAUGGUUAACGGGGAGUUCAAGUGUUUGGGAUCUACGCAGCACUUGAAGAACAAGUUCUCCAAGGGAUUCCUGCUGACGAUCAAGGUGAAGAAGACCGACGAUAUGCAGGUACAGCAACAAAGGGUUGCAGGGGUGAAGUCGUUUGUGAUUGGUCAAUUCGACGGAGCGGUGCUGAAGGAGGAAUAUCAGGAUUCGCUAAGCUUCCACGUGCCAAAGACGGACCUCAAGUGGUCGACGAUGUUUGGAUUGAUGGAAGCGAACAAAACCCGGCUGAGUAUCGAGGACUACGCGCUUGGACAGACUUCGUUGGAGCAGGUGUUCCUGUUCUUCACCAAGUACCAGAGGGUAGUCUAAGCAGCCGGAAUGUGUGAUUGGAAGUGCAGUAUUUUGCUUA